GGCGGUGCGGCAGAGAGGCAUCAGAGGAGCCCGGCGGGGAUGUUGCGACUGAGCUCCCGGUGAGGCUGAUGAUCGCACUCGGAGCCACACGAUGCAGUGACGGCGCCUACGAGAAGAAGCAGGAGACACGCGCCGCGGGAGAAGAGGAGCAGCACUCGAAUGCGCACGGUACGAUGAUCGGCUCGUCGUAGACCAUGGCGCCGUCGGGUCCACGGAGCAUCAAGCGGGGCUGUCAGAGAGUCCUCUACUGGAUCCCGGUCCUGUUCAUCGCCCUCAUAGUGGCGUGGUCCUACUACGCCUAUGUCUUGCAGCUUUGCAUAGAAUCCAUCGAGGACACAGGAGAAAAGGUCGUCUACCUGCUGGCCUACCACGCCAUCUUCAUCAUGUUCGUGUGGGCGUACUGGCAGACCAUCUUCACCAAACCCAUGAACCCCCUGAAGGAGUUCCAGCUGUCCCACUCUGACAAGGAGCUGCUGGAGCGCGAAGAUCGCGGAGAGUCCCAGCAGGAGAUCCUGAGGAGAAUAGCCAAGGAUCUUCCCAUCUACACGCGCACCAACUCCGGAGCGAUCCGUUUCUGUGACCGCUGCCAGCUGCUGAAGCCUGAUCGAUGCCACCAUUGUUCAGUCUGCGAUAAAUGCAUCCUGAAGAUGGAUCACCACUGCCCCUGGGUAAACAACUGUGUGGGAUUCUCCAACUACAAGUUCUUCAUGCUGUUCCUGGCGUACUCUCUACUUUACUGCCUUUUUGUUACCGCCACAGAUCUCCGGUACUUCAUCAAGUUCUGGACAAAGGGCCUCCCGGACACCCAGGCGAAGUUCCACAUCCUGUUCCUCUUCUUCUCGGCCUCCAUGUUUUCCGUCAGCCUGGCUUCCCUCUUCAUUUAUCACUGCUGGCUCGUCUGCAAGAACAGAUCCACGUUGGAGGCAGUGCGUGCUCCCGUGUUUCGUCACGGCACGGACAAGAACGGCUUCAGCCUCGGUUUCACCAAGAACUUCCUCCAGGUGUUUGGGGAUGAGGCCAAAUACUGGCCUGUUCCGGUUUCCUCCAGUUUAGGUGAUGGAUGCUCAUUCCCGACCUGCCUGGUGAAUCUGGACCCUGAACAGUUGUCGUCGCCCUCUGGAUCCAGCUCAGCCAGCAAGAGUGCAGCAGAGGGCCGCCAGUUCCCGUCCAAACCGCUCCGAGAAAGCCAGAGUCGACUGCUCAUCAGCACCUCCUCCUGGUCAGAGAGUGAAGGUGCAGGAGACAAGGACAAGAAGGGUGCCAGUAACCCGGUGAUGACCAUUGAGAACGAGGCGUAACAAUCAUCACACAUGACCAGAAAUGUCAAUGCUGCCCUCCUCCGUGUUUGUGCCUAUCAGAACUUGGCGUGAUUGGCGGCGACGUCCUCUGACGUCUGCCGUCACGCAAAGCGACUCGACCGACGAGCGGUCCGGGAUUUACCGCUGCCGUCAGAAAGUCAAGUGGAGUGGAAAAAAAAUGUAUUAAUUGAAAAAAAAAAAAAUGGAGAUUGCAUUCCAGUCAUCUGCUCUUCUUUGGAUGUAAAUAAGCACAGAGAUGCAGUCGAGAGAGGGCUGCAUUUUGUUUUCCAACUUAGCUUUUUUUCUUUUAUGUUGCGUUCAAGAACCACCUGCUGCUGGUUUUUACCUGAUUCUUUGGCACAUCAAGAAAAAAAAAAAAAAAAAUUGCUGAGCGACAUCGACGCUCUCUCUCUCUGACAUUCCUUUCUCUUGUGAAAUGUUUGUUCUGUUCGUUUCCACACGCAUCAUGGUGAGUAUUGUAAACGUGAAAGAGUCGCAUGCUCUCAUCUCAGGAUGUCGACGCAAACGCAAUGCUGGUAACGACAUAAAGAAGAAGAAGAAGAAAUUGUAGUAAUUAGUAAAAAAAAAAAUUUUGUUAUUAAAAAAGGGCUCUUUUGACUCUGAGUGGCCUGAGUGAGGAUGUCACUGAAACAUCUGCUGGAGCUCACGUCUAACUGCUGCCCACACGCUUCCCGACUGUUUCCGCUCCUGGACGGAGUUUCUGCAACCGGCGACAACCGGCCGCCGUCGAAAAGCAGAGACUGUUCAGCGUUUGGCUGAAUUAUUGAAAAACAAAACAACAACAAAAAACAACAUGUCUUGUACAGUCACUUUAGGCUGGAAAUGACUACAUUACUAAACUGUAACUCAAUAGUGCUUUCAAGAAUGUACACUUUGAAAAGCUUCGUUGUGACUUCUAUUUUUCUAUCUUUCUGUCUGUGAGACGACGUGGAUGUGCGAGGCGGGCGACGUAACAGUUGAGAUGCCUUAUGGGAAUAAAAUGAGCUCAUCCUCUGUG